AAUCUACGGUUGACCGCCGCCAUUUUCAUCAAAAAGUCAACUUUCAAAAAUUUUAACUAUUUUGCAUGAAAUCUAGCCAUGAAUCAGUACAUGAAUCCGGAUCUAGCUAAUGAGAUUGGUCAGGCAUUUGUCCAAAGCUAUUAUACAUUUUUUGACAGUUUAAAUCUUGGGCAACUAAUAACAUUAUACGGCCCUGAUGCUCAGUGGUACUUUGAAGAUAAAAAAGCAGUUGGCCACGAAGCUAUUAAACAAGCACUUGGGAGUCUGACGUUUAAAGCUAUACAACAUGUAGUUACAAAGAUAGACUGUCAACCAACUGUGGAAGGGGGAGUACUAGUCUUAGUGACUGGGCGAUUAAAGACUGACGAUGACCCUCCUCACGCCUACUCUCAAGUGUUCUAUAUUAAGAAACUACCAGACUCUUACUUCCUGUUUCACGACAUGUUCCGAUUGUCCAUUCACGAUUCUGCUUAACUUAAUCUAUUGAUGUACUAGUAUCUCCACUACACCGUACAAAGUCAAUGGUUAAAAUCUCACUUUGGUCAUCAUUAAUCCACACAUAAUAUCUUCUGUCCAUUCUGAUUUAAUUCAUUUCUCUCCAAAAUUUGAAUUAAGUUUCUGGUUUUCUUGUAUUUCUUUCUACACAAUUUAGAGUAUAGUGCUAUAUGAAUUGUUGCUAAUUUGUUAUCAAUGUCCAUUUUGUCACGCAGAUUGCAU